AUGUCGCUACGCCUCCCAGGGAAGCUACUUCAGCUUUCCUCGUUCCUGUGGGCUGUUCAAUCUGCCCUCCCCCGGACUCAUGUGCGCUCAUUCGGUAUCAAAUCCCUUAACGAGGCCAAACCCAGUCGCUUCAAUGUUGGCCCCGGUCUGCCCGUCCUCGAGUCGACAUCGACUGCGGCCCUUCGUCGCAAAGCCAACUCAUUGCCCCUCCGAUCUGGAGUCAUUGCUACCAAGAAGGGCAUGACUGCCGUUUUCGAUGCGGACACCGGCAAGCGCACCCCAUGCACAGUUCUGCAGCUCGAUCGCGUGGAGGUCGUCUCCCACAAAACUCGCCAAAAACACGGCUACUUCGCUGUUCAGGUCGGAUCAGGCUGGAAGCACCCCAGCAACAUGACAAAAUCACUCCUCGGCCAUUUUUCCGCCAACGGACUCUCCCCCAAACGCCACGUCUUCGAGUUUCGCGUCAAGGACGAAUCCGGUCUCCUUCCCGUCGGCGAGAGCAUCCGGGCCAAUUGGUUCCAGGAGGGCCAGUAUGUUGAUGCUCGCUCCAACACAAAGGGUAAAGGCUUUGCAGGUGUCAUGAAGCGUCACGGAUUCCACGGUCAGGACCGUAGUCACGGUGUCAGUUUGACGCACCGUUCUCUUGGUUCCUCUGGACCUGGCCAGGGUGGUGGUUCCCGUGUCUACCCAGGCAAGAAGAUGGCAGGAAACAUGGGUAAUACACAGAACACGGUCCAGAAUCUGAAGAUUCUUAAGGUGGACUCUGAGACCGGAGUUGUGGUUGUGAGCGGUGCGGUCAGUGGCCCCAAAGGAUGCACUGUGAGAAUUCAGGAUGCAAUCAAAAAGCCGUGGCCAGAGGUUGCACCUGUAGUCGAGGCCGCAACGGCUUGA